UCACCUAUUCUUGCUUCUCUCUCUACACUUAUAAUUAAUGAACACAAUGGAGAAGGCCAGCAGCAACAUGAAGCAAAUGCAUCAUUUCAAGUUCAAGGUUCCAUCCUUCGACUUGGUAGACGGAGAUUUGGUGGCAUGGCCGCCGAGAAGCUAUGUUUGCACCUUCUGCAAGAGGGAAUUCCGAUGCGCUCAAGCUCUCGGCGGCCACAUGAAUGUUCACCGCAGAGACCGGGCGAGGCUGCACCAGUCUUCGCCGAGAGACGGUGGAGGUAAUUACGCUCCCUUUAACCUAAAUCUUGAACCAAACCCUAGUUUUCACUCAAACCCUAAUUCUAGCCCAUCUUCUUCUCCACCUGCGUCGAUGAAAUUUCCUCAUUUCACUCCCAAAUUGCCCACGCCUACACCCAUUACCACAGAUUUUAUGAAGGUGAGAGCGGCAAAAGGGCUUCUCGACUUGGAGAUUGGGUUGAUUAGUUCGUCUAAUGAGGAGGAACUUGAUUUGGAACUUCGUCUUGGAUAUACUUAGCUUCUUGCAAAACCUUGAGUUUAAGCACUUUAUCUACAUCUUGAUUUGAAGGAGAUUGAGAAAGAACACAAUACUGGGGCAGUAAUAUUGAUGAAUUUUUCAUC